AUGACAAACGUUUAUGAUCAAUACUCUUCUUCCACCUCGUCCUCCAUGCGAUCACCGAAUACCGCUCGUAAAGCUUCGAUGGCCUCCAUAUCUGCUUUGUUGAACCCGGAACCUGAAGAAAAUCGAGGAUCUAUACAGAACACGGUGCAAACGAAUAAUCAUGAUUCCUAUGAAUCGCAUGUCAUGUUCCGUGAAAAUAGUGGCUUGACCAUCACUAACUGUCGUAAUGAUCAAAUAUCAAAUAUCGUUCCCCCUCCCGACUCAGAUUCGCUUUCAUCUCCCGUUUCUCCAAAUUCAAAAAAUCCCUAUGCGGGAAAUGGUUCGUCAAGAUCGACUUCAUCCUCCUUGCCUUCAACUCGUCGCUCUUCGAUGAAUCGAUCUUCCGCAUCUGAUCAGGCUUCCAUUAACAACAUGAUCACGCCGCCUCAGACUCCUGGUGUGAAAUCUCCGACAAAGACCAAUUUUCAAUUUCCUUCAAAUGCAACCGAACAAUCUAAUCAACAGACGAUGCCUCCAAAGGUUAAACGCAAGCGAAUCACUCAAGAACAAUUGGCUGAUUUAGUUGCAAUGUUUGAACAAACUGACACUCCAAGUUAUGAUGUGCGCGAGAAAUUGGCAAAGAAAUUAAACAUGACCAAUCGUGAAGUUCAGGUUUGGUUCCAAAAUCGACGUGCAAAAGCAAAUCGUGCAAAGCAGAAUGAACACAAUACUUCUCAUCAGCAUCACAGAUUCCUACAUCAUCAUUCGGUGCCAACUUCUCAAGCUGCCAGCGGUCACGCUUCUUCCAUCGGUAUGAUCAACCCUGGGAACUUUACAUUCGUUCCGAUGUUUACCAACGGCGGUCCGUCAAAUGGUGGCCCUGCUAAGGGACGCAGUAAUCGUAGACAUUCUUAUGUUCAUCCACCCACCUCUAGUAUGAACACCCAGAAAAAGGCUGCACAAAACCAUCCCUUCACCAGACCACGAGCCUCAACUGUCACGGGCGCAUCAAUGACAUCACAUUGUUCUUCGUCAAAAACGAUGGUGCCACAGCUCAAGAUCAUGCCCUUCGCACCUCAAGACCAAUCGCUUCAUGCUUCACAUCAUGUCUACGGUAACCACGCCCAUGCUCACUCUCACACGGUGCCACCUUCACCGGUCUCACCGUCCUCACCUUCCACGCCUAUCUUGCCCCAUCCGAUCUCUUCUCAUUACGCGUUGCCAAGCAUCAACUCUUGUACUCUCCCCCCGGUUGUUCCCCCUAUCAAGGAUAUCAUUGGUAAUACAGACAUAUAUCAUCAGGCCCCGUCGCACAUGUUACCCUCCGCAUACAAUCAAUCUCAACCCUACACUCAAAACACCGCCGAAGCCUUAACAACCAUGGCGAUGCCCGUUCCUUCGGGCACAAAAUCCGCGAUUGAUAUUCUUGCCACGGCAGCUGAAUUCGUUCAAAGUGAGGAAAAAGAAAAGGAACGUCUCAAAGCUCUUGGAGUUUCGAACGCUCCAAACGAGACCGAUGAUAACGAUCAAAAACGGAGACGACCUUGGUUGAUCUGA